AUGCAGGCAUUGGACGACCUUGGUUGUCCUGCCUCCCCUUCUCGCAUCCCCACUUCCUUGAAGCGUAAGGGUGUCAAUCGUCCAGUGCCACCUCCUCCUCAAAAGAAGAGCAAGGUCGCCUACUCCCGCCCUGGUCUGCCCCCGCCAAUCAAUCGCGCUACCAAGCCCAAGCCCCAUCCAACGACCUGGGCAGGGAUUGCCUGUCAGGCUGCCCCGAUGCCUCCCCUGCCUCCUGGCUUGGGACCGCAACGACACAGGCCGUCCCCCCCACCCUCAUUCCCAACAGGCCCAAUGAAGACUUCGACUCAUCGGUCUGUUCCAUCUUUCACUUCUGAGGGCCCCACCCAGAAGCAAGUUCUCGUGUCGUUCGGGGGUACUCCUCCUGACCUCACAAAGUUUUUCACGGAGUCGGCCAUCCGCAUGGCCAACGGGUACCUCAGGGAUGGUUGUUCCAUGUUGAAGGUCACCUCCAUUGUCCGCGCCUAUGACGGCCUGUCGUUGGUCACCCCCACUGUUGCCAGCCCGUCCAACCUGGACAUUCUGCGCAACUUUAUUCGCGAAAGCCUCCCAACGGAUACUCCGUUCGAGGUCACGCUCCCAUUGUUGACAUCUUUUAUAAAGAUUCUCGAUGUUCCCUACUUUGACCCCAAAGGGUGGAAGAUCACCCAGGAGGCGCUUGAAAAGGCCCUCCGUACCUCGGUUCAUGCUGAGGUCUUCGCAUAUCUGAGCACCAAGCCUCGAGUAGAUCACAACUCAGCACACUUGACAUCAUGCACUGUCUACUGCAACAUAUGGGACUCCCAACAGGGAACCCGCACCAAGAAGGCCCUUGGCCAACCAAUUUUCCUUGCUGGGCAGGUCCCGCUCUGCCAGCACUGCUGGAAGUGGGGCCACCCUACUGUCGCCUGCAAGACGAAGCAGCUCUCUUGCCCCAUCUGCUUGGGUCCGCACGAGCAGAAGGAGCACCGUCAACAUGCAGGAUGUUGUGAGGGCAAUGCGAAAGCAAAGCCCCCUGUGCCGCCCACCCCUCACGACCAGCCCUGCCCCCACAAGGGCUGCUGCGUCAACUGCCACAAGGACCACGCCGCCAACUCAGCCUUGUGCAAGUUCUGGGCACAUCGCUACGACUGUGAGUGGAUCAUGGCCAAGUAUCAUCAGACUAAUGUUGGGAAACCAUCAGGAUCUAAGUAG